AAUGCUGAUGAAAAAGUUCAUCAACCUACUUCAUACCUCAGUUAUGUCGAAUUCCAAAACAUAGCAAAGCAAGAAAAACCCAAGGAAGUGAUCACCAUAGUGAAGCAAGAAAAACCCAAGGAGGUGAUCACCCCUGUGGUCGUUAAUAUAACUCACAGGCUUGAACCUGAUGGCUCAGUGUACAACUAUGCCUCUGAGUCCAAAGGUGCCAAGGUGGUGGCUCACAAUAAAGAGGCCAAAGGUGCCAACAAUAUACUAGGGAAGGAUCAUGAUAAGUACUUGAGGAAUCCUUGUUCUGUUGGAGAUAAGUUUGUUGUUAUUGAGCUUGCAGAAGCGACUCUGGUUGAUACUGUGAAAAUUGCAAACUUUGAGCAUUAUUCUUCGAACUUCAAGGAAUUUGAAUUGGCUGGUAGUAUGAGCUAUCCAACUGAAUCAUGGACAAUGAUGGGAAACUUCAUUGCCGCAAAUGUGAAGCAUGCUCAGACCUUUAGGCUUCUUGAACCCAAAUGGGCCAGGUAUUUGAAGUUGAGCUUGCUUAGUCAUUAUGGAUCUGAGUUUUACUGCACUUUGAGUGUUGUGGAGGUUUAUGGUAUUGAUGCAAUAGAGAGAAUGCUUGAGGAUCUUAUUGUUGCUUCUGUGGGAGCCAUGCCAGAGAAGUCUUCAGAGCACAAUGCCAGUGAUACCCCUUCUUUGAAGCUAGAAGCUGGUCAAAUUGAGAAAAGAAAAGACAAUGAAAGUAUGAAUGAUAGUGUGCCUACUGAGAUAUCAACUGUUAAUGAUGACGCUCAGAAGAUUGUUGUGGAGGUGGCAAAAACUCCACCAAUGGUGAACUUGGUUCCUGAUCCUGUACUAGAAUUGAGGCAACAGCUAAAUGGUAGGAUAGCUGGUGACACUGUUAUGAGGAUUUUAGUGCAAAAAGUGAGGUCAGUGGAGGCGAACUUAUCCACAAUCGGGAAUUAUAUCAAAGAGUUGAACAGGAGACAAUGCGAUACAAUACCUGCUUUUGAGAAAGAGUUGCAAAAAUUAUCAGAAUGCCUGGGACAAAGCAAGUCAGAGAUUAAAGACCUACGGGAGAGGAAUGCAAAUAUCCUUUCCCAGGAAAAAGAAAUAUCCGAAGUUGAGUCAUGGAAAGAUGCUGUCUCAUCCCAACUUGAUGAACUGGCCAGACAAAAUUUAUUGCUAAGAUCAGAUGUUCAAAAGGUUGCAAGUGAUUAUGCAGCCCUAGAAAUCAAAGAGCUUGCCGUGUUAGGAAUGAGUCUUCUUUUUGUUUGCAUGUCGAUUCUCAAGAUAACUUCAGUCCACAUGUCGUUGAUGUUUUCUGAAGCACACAAUAAUGCUGAUAAGGGACCUCGGACAAUAAAAGGAUGGGUUACCUUGCUUUUACUUGUAGAAAUUUGGAUACUUGUAAAUACAAUUUUGAUAAGGUUAUCAAAUCAACACAGAACACUUUGUAUACUGAAGAGUGAACACUUUGUUCAGUGCCUCCUCACUAAGGUCACUGCUUGCUGA